AUGUUUUAUAUGUUGCCUCAACCCUCGAAUCGUCGAUCAACGCCGACAACAACAUCACUCUCUCCUCUUCUCACCCUACUCCUUGCUGUGUUGGUUUUGACAGGUUCCUACCUUUAUCAAGGUCUUCUUCCUAGAGUUACCCAUUUCAAAAACGAUUAUUCUUUCCGUGAAGAUCGAGCUCUCAAAUUCCUUCAACAAUUUUCCACUCAACUCGGACCACGAGUGGUUGGAACGUUUCAAGAAAAGCAAAGCUCUGAUUUUUUGAAAUUAGAAUUAAUGAAUGUGAUGAUGAAACAUUCACAAAAAGAAAAGGAUCGAGAGGAAUCAAGAAAUGCUACCACCACGGUUGCAACCACGAUUGUGAGUGGACAUUUAGUGAGAUUGGAAGAACAAUUCGGAUCUGGUGAUUGUUUUAUUGAAAUUAUUGGAAGAAAAUUGUUUACACAUUAUACCAAUUUGUCCAAUAUUAUGGUGAGAAUUGAUCCUCCAUUCGGUGUUGAUCAUGCAAAUGGUGAUGGUUUAUUAAUUUCAAGUCAUUUUGAUUCAGGAUCGACUUCUCCUGGAUUUUAUGAUGAUGGAAUUCCAGUCACUUGUAUGGUUGAAACUUUUCACAAUUUGUUGGGAUUAAUACGAGAGGAUCAAUUGAAACUUGAAAGAAGUGUCAUAUUUUUAUUUAAUGGAGCUGAGGAAGUUGGAUUGUUGGGAGCCGAAUUAUUCUUUCAACAUGUAUGGUCCAAGGAUGUGAAAUACUUUUUGAAUUUGGAAGCUGCUGGAUCUGCUUCCAAAGAAGUUGCGUUUCAAAUUAAGAAUUUAUUUUUGGCAAAACAAUUUGCCAAGUAUGUGAAAAGAGCGAGCGGAAAUGUUGUAGCUCAAGAUGUUUUUCAAGCUAAUAUUGUUCCAUCAGCAACUGAUUAUUACAUUUACAAUAAUCGUAAUUUAACUGGAAUUGACAUUUCAUUUUAUAAGAAUGGUUAUGUCUAUCACACUUCUUUGGAUGCAGAGAGAGCCUAUGAGGCAGGUGGAAUUCAGCACAUGGGUGACAAUGUUCAAGGUUUUGUUUCUCAUUUUGCGAGCUCUAAAUUUGAAGCCAAACAAAUGGCAGCAGAGAAAAACAUUCAAAAGUUUGUCUAUUUUGAUGUUUUUGGAUUGUUUUUUGCAACCUAUAGUAUGGAAACAGCUAAAUUGAUGAACAUCUCCAUUCUUGUUGUAGCUGCCACUUUAUUGGGAUUUUCAAUCUUCUCUAAGGGUAUCUAUUCUCUCUUUGACCGAUUGGUUUCACUCUUUUUCCUGUUCUUGGUGUUAUUGAUUGGACUUGCAACCAACAUGGGAUUCUCGAUUCUGUUAGUUUUGAAUGACAAGAGAAUGUUAUUCUUUGCUUUCCAUCCCAUGUUCAGUGUUGCGUUAUUUGGCUCUAUUUUACUCUUUGUGUAUAUCACCUCUAUUGAAAUUACGAGAAAAUUCAUUUAUGGGCUCAGCACAAAAGGAAUUAGGGAUGCCGUGACAUGGGUGUUUGUUGUAUUCCUCACACUGUUCACCUAUUUCAAUAUUCCAUCAGGAUAUAUUUUCACAGUGACUACUACAUGCCUACUUUUGGCUUACUUUAUCAUUCCACAACUGUCCUUAAUUUUCUCUUUGGUCGGGUUGGCGUUCCUUUGUAGCAUUCUCAAUCAAAUUUAUGAUAUGUUCAUUCCUAUGAGUGGGCGAAUGGGAAAAGCACUUGAGGCAGACUAUGGUGUUGCUGUUCUCGUGACUGUGACAGUAUUCUUAAUGUUGUGUCAAGUGUUACCCUUAUUAAUUGCGGAUGAGAAAAGAAGUAUGAUAAGAACUGUCGUUGCACUCUUUGUUGUGAGUUUGUCUCUCGUUAUGGUGUUGUUAUUAGGAAAUGGAGCAGUGGCCUUCACAAAAUUGCAUCCAAAGCGUGCCUCACUUCAACAUAUUUUCCACUUUAAGGCAAACGAUGUGAAAUAUCCUUUGAAAAAUACUCAUUCCUAUCAACUUAUUAUCAGUCCUUCUACAAGUAAGGAAGAAGUAUUGUUGAAAGGAUUGAAUAUUUCUCCACCUUUUUCGAGAGCGAAUGAAGAAUCAGGUUUUCCAAUUUUACCCCAUUCUGUGAAGAGUGUUAUAACACCAACUAAAUAUCCAGGGCCAUUCCUCACACGAAUGACAAACAAUGAAUUCUAUCCAUGGGCCCAUGUACUUCCCAAAAUCCUGAUUCAGAAUUACUUCAAGACAAAUGGCAGUGUGCAUGUGAAUAUUGUUUUGGAUGAGCAAGUCUUUCAUUCGAGUGUGCAUAUUUUCACAAAUAUUGCCAUAGUUGAUUCGUCGUUCCAAACUCCAAUGAAUUAUUCUAUAAUGCCCUCAACAAGAGGUGAAUUUAAAAAUGAAUACAUCGUAACAGGUGUGUUUGGUUACAAUAGAGAUGAAAAGUUGAUGAAAGAAAAAUCCAAAGUCUUUUCAUUUUGGUUAAAGUUUGAUGCCAAGCCUCAAGAAAAUGCAGAAAACCUCCGAAUUAAGUUUGAAAUACGUAGCACCUUCUUUUCAUCGACCCUUUCUCUUACUGAGCUGACCAAAUUACUCCCAGAGUGGUCUCAGCCAAUUACUUCCACUCACUCCUCCAUUGACAUUGCCCCAUUCGAGCUAAAUGGUGACAAUGUUACCCUCUUAAAUUAUUAA